AUGCCAGCACAACGUCUUAAGCGAUCAGCUACAGCUCCGUCUUCAGUCACCGUAGUACCAAAAGUAAAUAAAGUUGAGAAGAAAGUAGUUGUUGCACCAAAAAUUGCACCAUAUGACUAUAAAGCUAGAUUUAAUGACUUAUUGGGUAAGCAUAAGAACAUGAAAAGUGAAUUUGAAGACUUGAAAGAAAAGCAUAUUGAAGUAUCUGACAGUUAUGAGAAAAUCAAGGAUUCAGUGCAGAGCACUGUAAACGAAAGAGACAGAUUAAAAGAAAAUUUAUUAAAAACUCUUACAGAGUUGAGAGAAAAGUCGACAGAAUUUGACAAACUUACAGUUGACUUGAAUAUUCAGAAAAUUGAAAAUGAAUCACUUCAGAGAAAAACUGUGCUCCUAGAUGAAAUAACAAGCAGUUUGAAGCUAAAGACAGCUGAGUUGGAUAAACUCCAGUCAGAUUAUAAUGACUUAAGCAGACAACACAAAAGCCUAAAAGAAGAAACUGAAGCACUCAGGGUGCUUACAGAUCAUUUAAGGAAAAUAUCUAUUGAAUUUGAAAAAUUACAACUUGAUUAUAAAGAGGCUCAACAAACUAUUGCUCAAUAUAAAUCGGAAGCAGACAUUUUAAGAAACAUUUUAGACGCUAUGCAUAAAGAGCAAAGAGAAUUGAGAAAUACAAUUCAAGACUUAAAAGGGAACAUCCGUGUGUACUGCAGAAUCAGACCUCCAUUGGAAUCAGAGCUAGGCAAGCCUCUAUUUAACCUUAAUGUCCUUGAUGCAUGCUCUAUAGAAGUUGAGAAAAUAGAAUUAUUAAAUUCUGCCAGAAAAGGUAAAUCUCAACAUGCCUUUAGUUUUGAUGGUAUAUUUACUCCGCAUUCAUCGCAGGAAGAUGUGUUUGCUGAGGUGUCUACUAUGGUUCAGUCAGCACUGGACGGGUACAAUGUUUGUAUUUUUGCCUAUGGUCAAACUGGUUCUGGUAAAACUUAUACAAUGGAAGGUGGAUGUGGAACUGAACAGUAUGGCAUCAUACCAAGAGCAUUUAAUAUGAUUUUCACAUGUAUGGAUGAGUUAAAACGAAUGGGCUGGGAUAUAACAGUGAAAGCUUCAUUUUUAGAAAUAUACAAUGAAGUUAUUUACGAUCUACUUAACUCUAGCAAAGAUCAAGAAAAUCAUGAAAUCAAAAUGGUUAAUUCUAAAGGUAGCGAUGUAUAUGUUUCUAAUUUAAAGGAGGAGAAUGUCAAGAACUCACAUGAUUUUAUCAGGCUGAUGAUAUUUGCCCAACGUAACAGACAAACAGCCGCUACUCUUAAUAAUGAACGCAGCUCUCGGUCUCAUUCAGUGGCUCAAAUUAAGAUUUCAGCAACACAUGAAAAGCGCAAAGAAAAGUAUACAAGUAACUUAAAUCUGGUGGAUCUGGCUGGAUCAGAGAGUGGGAAAACCUCACAAAGAAUGGAUGAGACAAAACACAUCAACAGAUCAUUAUCUGAAUUGUCUAAAGUUAUUUUAUCACUUCAGACAAAUCAGUCGCACAUACCUUACAGAAAUUCUAAGUUAACUCACUUGUUGAUGCCCAGUCUUGGGGGUAAUUCUAAAACCCUUAUGUUGGUAAAUGUCAAUCAAUUUGAUGAAUGUUUUAGUGAGACACUGAACUCCUUACGGUUUGCUACUAAAGUUAACAACUGUAGAGUUGUAAAAGCCAAGAAAAAUAUAACUAUGUUUGACUCUUAA